AUGCUGGCGGCAAACACUCCCCAUACCCCAACUUUCUCUCGGCCGUUGUUCAACGAUGCAAACUUCACUCAUGAUCCGGAUCGGGUGCCCUUUACCGUCGAUGAGUUAGUCCGAAACCGCGCGUCUCUAGGAUCGGGGCAACCUGUGAUAUGUUACCCAAGGCUCGGCAUUGAUUAUGUGGACUAUCCUCUACGCCAGCUAGACAUAUUUGCUUUUCGCGUUGCCGGUGCAAUAGCAGCUAGAGUUCCGCCUCGAACUUCCUCGGCGGAGACCCCAGCAGUUGUUUCCCUAUUAGGCACGUCCGACCUUAGUUAUCUCGUGAUGCUCCUUGCACUGGCGAAGCUGGGACACACGGGGCUACUUCUAUCAACCCGGCUCUCCAUUGAAGCCUAUGUGUCAUUGUUGGAACGAACGCAGUCCCGGCAUAUCUUCAUUAAUAGCUCUUUCCAACCCACUGCUGAGGAGCUCAAGCAGCGGCUUCCGGAUUUGCAAGUAGACGUGAUACCAGCACAGCAGUCCUUCGAUUAUCCAAUUCCGGGCGAUGUUGAUACGGAAAUGGUCCCAUGGCUGGACCCUGUGGCCGAAUCCAAACACUUGGUGUGGAUAAUCCACUCCAGUGGCUCAACCGGUCUUCCCAAACCGAUCUACCAGACCCAAGCAGCUGCCGUCAGAAACUAUUCCGGCCACAUGAAUAUGUCUGGAUUCAUCACUUUACCCCUGUACCAUAACCAUGGCAUUAGCGUUCUUUUCCGGACGAUCUACUCAUCCAAGAGGCUCUAUCUCUAUAACGCUGAACUGCCGCUGACCAGACAGUACCUACUUGAUGUCAUGCAAGCACAUCCUCUCGAAAUCUUCUAUGGCGUACCAUAUGCGCUGAAGCUGCUGGCCGAGACGGAGGAGGGCAUUUCGGCCCUCGCACGGUUCAGGGCCGUUAUGUUCGGAGGAUCCACAUGUCCGGACUCGCUAGGAAAUCUGCUUGUUGCAAACGAUGUCAACCUCAUAAGUCACUAUGGAUCAACGGAAACCGGUCAACUAAUGACCUCCUUCAGGCCGCGGGAGGAUAAAGAAUGGGAUUAUCUAAGGCCAUCAGAUACUGUGAAGAAAUAUCUGCGGUUUGAAGAACGGUAUCCUGGAAUAUUUGAACUGGUUUGCCUUGAUGGCUGGCCUUCUAAGGUCAUGUCUAAUCGACCCGAUGGAUCCUAUGCCACAAAAGAUCUCUUCUUGAAGCAUCCGACCCUGGAAGCGUACAAGUACUAUGCUCGGCUAGACGACACGAUAGUCCUUGUCAAUGGAGAAAAGGUUAAUCCACUUGAUAUGGAAGGAAGAGUGAGACAACUUAGUACUGUCUCCGAGGCUAUUGUCUUUGGAGCGGGCAAGGCUAGCAUCGGGCUGGCAGUUGUCCGUGCGCCUGGUACAGUCUCUAUGUCAGAUCAGCAGAUUGUUGAGAGUAUCUGGCCUGCCGUGGAGAAGGCACAUGAAGCAAUGCCAGCGUACGGCCAGCUCUCGAGAAGUAUGGUUCGAGUACUACCCGAAGAUACACAAUACCCUCGCACAGACAAGGGGACCUUCAUCAGACAAGGAUUUUACAGGGAGUUUAGUAACCUAAUUGAAGAGGCAUAUGAGGCAGAGGAUGCUAUGACUGGCUCGCUUCUUCUAUCUGAGCCGGAGCUCAAGGUUUUCAUCAGGGAUCGACUGCACGACCUACUGUCACAUAAAAAGGUAGAUGACCUGACAGAAGAUGCAGACUUUUUUGCUCUCGGGAUGGAUUCCCUGCAAGCUACUCAGCUUCGGUCUAUUCUUAUGAGGACGCUCAACACGAAUGGCCACAAAUUAGGACUCAAUGUGGCGUUCGAACAUCCCACAAUCAGUUCUUUGGCUCACUAUCUUUGCUCCCUCAACUCUGGGUCUUCAAGUGAAAUUCAGGCUGUAGAGGACCAGAUGGCGGAACUAAUUUCAAAGUAUAGUGACUUCCAAAAACAUAUUCCUGUGGCGAAUGGCUUGGAAGGAAGAUAUAUUGUCAUCACGGGCGCUACAGGAUCACUAGGGGCUCAUGUUGUCAGAAAGCUUUCCAUCCGUUCAGACGUACAGAAAGUCUACUGUCUUGUUCGUGCCGGCUCACAAAUUGAAGCCUACGGUCGCUUACUUCAAUCCAUGCGCGGCCGGCGGGUGUAUGAUGGUCUCGCCGAUGCUGCUAGACAAAAGAUCGUCGCACUUCCAUCCAACCUGUCCCAGUCUACACUGGGACUCGACACUGUAACAUACAACACCUUGACCAAGGAGAUAACGGAUGUCAUUCAUUGUGCCUGGUCUGUGAACUUCAACUUGCACCUCAGUAGUUUUGAAAGGGACAGCAUAAGAGGGCUUAAGCAUCUUCUCGAGCUGUGUUCCAAGACACAGCGACCGGCACCGGCCUCAUUUAACUUCUGCUCUUCAGUCAGCGCAGUAGUAAACACCGCAAAAGACGACAUCCCCGAGGCUCUUCCACAGGAACUCUCCUAUGCGCAAAACAUGGGUUACGCUCAAUCAAAGCUUGUCGGCGAGCAUAUAUGCAUGAGAGCUGCUGAGCAAGUGGGCAUCUGCGCAAGGGUGCUCCGAAUCGGCCAGGUGAUUGGCGACCUAGACCAUGGUAUCUGGAACGCAACAGAAGCUAUUCCACUUAUGCUACAAAGCGCGACGACUGUCGGAGCACUCCCGAAACUCAACGAAUCACCUCUGUGGCUCCCGGUCGACACUGUCGCGGGUACAGUUAUCGACAUUUCUCUCUCUAGUGCCUCUAGUACCGCGGUCACCGAGCCCGACACCGACCUGUUCUUCAACAUCGUCAGUCAGCACCCGUUCCACUGGACAAAUGAUCUCCUCCCGCUUGUUCGCAAUGCGGGACUUGAGUUCGAAGAGCUCGAGCAGCGGGACUGGUUACGUCGUUUGAGGGCCUCGAAUCCGGAUCCAGUUGCCAACCCUCCCAUCAAGCUUGUUGACUUCUUUGCCAGCAAGUAUGACACCGAUCAGCCUCGACGUUCGUAUCGGUGGCAUACUGAAAGGGCACGGAAAGUAUCGUCCACCUUGACGGAUGCAAGACCAUUGGACCAGGAACUUGUGAGAAAGAUGAUCGGGUAUUUCCGGAAGGAAUGUUGGUCUUGA